AUGCGUGCGAGACACGUACAGCACUCCGUGCCUCAGUUCCCGGUGUACUCUGCGGCGUUCUUGUCGAAGAAUGAUCUCGUACUUGGCGGAGGUGGAGGCGCGUCUAAGACUGGGAUCAAGAAUAAGCUGAGGCUGUAUACUGUCAAUGGCACCCUUACUAUGAAGCUGGAGGAUGAGGUCGAGUUGGAGAAGGGUGAGGACGCGCCGAUGAGCAUGGCUGGGCAUCCGGACGGCGCCACGAUACUGGCUGGUAUUAAUAGCGUAGAGGAGAAGCUACAGAAGGGCGAGAACGACAACUGUAGGAUCUUUGUAUUGAACGAGGAGCGCAAGAUUGAACUUCUGAAGGCCGUCUCUACCUUGCCCGCUUCAACUGAGGAUGACUAUCAGAAAGUCACCGUGAUCUCUCAAGAUGGGACACUCGCCGCCAUUGCGGGGUCACAAGACCUGACUCUUUUAUCGUUGCCUGCUCUUGACCGCAAGAGUACACGCAUAGACAAGGGGGAGAUCUACGAUGCCUCUUUCUCACCAGAUUCUCUAGUAGUCACCACGACCUCCAACCUCCUCAUCUAUCCUCUACCAAGUCCAGUAGCCAAAGGCAAGGAGAAGGAAUCAAGUUUCUCAUUCUCCUCCCCCCGCACAAUCGACGUCCCCAAACUCCCCGGCAACGCCAAAGGCGUCUUCCGCUCCGGCCGCUUCCACGAGAUCGACCCCACCAUCUUCUAUACCGUCAUCAACACCGUCCCCGAUCGCAAAGUCAAAGGCUCGCAGCGGAAGGGGUAUGUGGCGCGGUGGAACGUCAAGACGUGGAAGGUCGAGGCGUUGAGGAGUGCGGGGGAUAAGGGGAUUACGGUGUUUGAUGUUAGUCCGGAUGGAAAGUGGGUUGCGCUGGGGUCGUCGGAUUGCUCGUUGAGGUUGUUGGAGGCUUAUACGCUCAGCCCAUUGCUCAGCAUACUCAAAUCGCACGAGUUCCCGCCGACGGUCUUGAAGUUCAGCCCCGACUCGUCUAUACUUGUGUCAGGCAGUGCAGACAAUACUGUCCGCUUAGUCGCUGUUCCAGAUGAGAUUGAAGGUUCACAAUGGGGUCUCAGGAUCAUGGUCGCGCUCUUCGCGCUGUUGUUCGCUAUCCUUAUGCAGCUUGCCCUCACGAACAGGAUAUUCUGA